UUUGUGGUGGUUUCUCAUACCAGAUUCAACGUGUGAAGUGUGUUUUGUAUGAGAAAAAAGCUAUAAGGCUUCAGCGAUGUUUUAUCACAUCCCCUUGGAGCAUGAAAUCAAGCUGCAUCCGAAGUAUUUCGGCCCUCAAUUGAUGGAUACUGUCAAGCAGAAGCUCUUCACCGAGGUCGAAGGCACGUGUUCUGGCAAAUACGGCUUUGUUAUAGCCGUGACUACAAUCGACGACAUCGGAUCAGGAUUGAUUGAGCCUGGUCGAGGAUUCGUCGUCUAUCCAGUCAAGUACAAGGCAAUUGUUUUCCGGCCAUUCAAAGGAGAAGUUGUGGAUGCAAUCGUAGUUCAGGUCAACAAAGUCGGACUUUUCACGCAAGUCGGUCCGUUGUCAUGCUUCAUCAGCCGUCACUCGAUUCCUCCGGACAUGGAAUUCGACGCCAAUUCGAAUCCCCCGUGCUACAAAACUAAGGACGAGGAUAUCAUGAUCUCUCCCGAAGACGAAAUUCGAGUCAAAAUCGUCGGCACCCGAAUUAACGCCACUGACAUUUUUGUGAUUGGUAGUUUAAUGGACGACUAUCUUGGAUGGUUUGGAGGGAGAAAGCGUGUUAAGAUGUAUCGCGUUGUGUUCGUAUUAGUAACAGUGUUCUGUGUCGUUACUGGCGACCUCCGCGAAAACCUUCGGCAUUUUGAAGUGUUACACUCGUCUGAACUCAGCCAUGAGAGGAUGAAACGAGACACUGAUCAACGCACUCCCACACAUCCUGCAGGUGUACCCCUGAAGGAACUAUCUUUCAAAGCAAUGGGCAAGGAGUUCAAUUUGAUGCUGAGUCCGAGGCGCGGAGUGCUUGAUAAAGACUUCGAGGCUGCAGUCAUGAAAGAAGAUGGAGAAGAAGAACCCGUUUAUGUCGACGAAGAUACUUUUUUUGAGGGCAAAGUCGCUGGAGAAAAGGGGUCACGAGUGACGGCGUACCUCGAAGACGGUUUGCUCACUGCGUCUAUUGAAACCCCGGAUGAAACCUAUCACAUUGAACCUUCGUGGCGUCAUCUGAACGACUCUGGCAAUGAAUCCAUGAUUGUCUAUCGUGGAAGUGAUAUCAAAUUCAGCUGGGAAAAUGCGGAUGAAAAGGGAGAACCCGGAAGAAUUUGUGGGUACGUGAAAGAAGGCGAAGAUCACGAAGACCACGAUCAUUCAGCAGACGAUUUGGCUCCUGAAAAAGAAGAAGCCAAGAUGCGAACGAAGCGACAGGAAGCGGAAGCGUAUAAAUUCCAACUUCGGAAAACUCGGUGUCCGUUGUUGCUUGUAGCCGACUACAGAUUUUUCAAAGAAAUGGGCGGCGGAUCGACCAAGACUACCAUUAAUUACCUAAUCAGCCUGAUUGACCGAGUGCAUAAGAUUUAUACAGAAACUGAAUGGCGGGACGGUCCAACUCAGCAAGGAUUUUCCGGCAUGGGAUUCGUCAUUAAGAAAAUCAUUGUGCACCCGGAAGUGACGAGAAUCGCUCCAUCAGACUCGCAUUACAACAUGCAACGAUCUUCGUGGGACGUUCGCAGUCUUCUUGAGGUCUUUUCGCGGCAGUACGCGCACAAGAAUUUCUGCCUGGCCCACCUCUUCACGGAUAUCAAAUUCGACGGCGGGAUCCUAGGUUUGGCAUAUGUGGGAUCCCCGCGUCGGAAUUCAGUCGGAGGAAUCUGCACUCCAGAAUAUUUUAAGAACGGUUACACUCUUUAUUUAAACUCCGGCCUUUCGUCAUCUCGAAAUCAUUAUGGUCAACGUGUGAUCACCCGGGAAGCGGAUUUGGUGACGGCUCAUGAAUUUGGGCACAAUUGGGGCAGCGAGCAUGACCCGGAUUUGCCGGAAUGCUCGCCAAAGGCCUCUGAAGGAGGAUCGUAUCUCAUGUACACGUACUCCGUUUCUGGUUACGAUUACAACAACAAGAAAUUCUCGCCUUGCAGUCUGCGAUCUAUUAGGGCCGUUUUGCUUGCGAAAAGCUCGAGGUGUUUUACGGAACCUGAAGAAUCUUUUUGCGGAAACUUGCGAGUGGAAAAAGGUGAAGAAUGCGAUGCGGGUCUCGUGGGAACCGAAGACGUGGAUAAUUGUUGCGACAAGACGUGCAAAUUGCGCACCGACAGAGGAGCCAAAUGUUCUGACAAAAAUUCUCCCUGUUGUCGGAAUUGCAAAUUUAUGAGCUCGGGUAUCAAAUGCAGGGAUGCUCAAAGGGGUACCUGUGAGAAGGAAGCCAGGUGUACAGGAAAUGGAGCUGAGUGUCCACCAUCUCCGCCUCUCCCAGAUGGAACACCGUGCAUUGAAAAAGGCACUUGUUACCAAGGCAAAUGUUUGCCUUUUUGCGAGUCGCAAAAACCCAGUUUGCAGAGCUGCAUGUGUGACGUGUUGGAAAACGCGUGCAAGCGUUGCUGCCGGACUCAUCUCAAUGAUACGUGCUUCCCAGUGGAUCCUCUGGAUAUUUUGCCUAAUGGAACUCCUUGCAUGGUUGGCUAUUGCAAAGACGGCAUGUGUGAGAAAACCGUGCAAGAUAUUGUGGAGAGAUUCUGGGACAUCAUUGAGGACAUUUCCAUCAACUCUGUGCUGUAUUUCUUGAGGGAUAAUAUCGUCGGCACUGUAUUGAUCGUGUCCAUCAUCCUCUGGAUACCCGUUUCGUGUCUCAUCAGUUUCGUGGAUGCCAAAAGGCUGAGGGAGUACGAAAAGUACGUGCAAUGGCUGGAAAAAGACCAGCUAGUGCACCCUGCUGACCCUCAUGCCAGAAGAGUCAUCAGGGUUACCAAGAGAGCUGGGACAAGAAGCACUCCCCAGGUUGGUUCGCAGCCCCGUCGAGUUGGAAGCGGUCGUAGAGAUAACCUGUCAGUUAUCUCUGGCCAAGAAGCAACUAAUGAAGUUUCAGGGUUCCCAGGAACUGCUCUCUGAAAUGGUCCUGGUAGCUUAUAAAAAAAGAAAAAAACCUAGUCUCCGACAUAGGAUCAGUUUUCCAAGUGUGAUUGUCAUGGGCAUGGUGUGGAGAACGUUUUUAUCAUGGCAAGAAGCCUGCAAGAUAUCGGGAGGCUUUCGAAGAAGUUGGAGAUCUCAAUGAUUGAAGCAUUUCUCUUUUUGUGUGUGGAAUUGAGUUUUUUGGUACUUUCGUUAUUACGCUCAUCUCUGAAAACGAAAAGCUAGUUGGGUUUUACGAAUUGUUCAGCUGUGGCAUUUUAUUCCUGUUUCCGUGUUUUCAUUUUGAAACUGUUUCUGUGCAACAAGGAACAAACUGUUUGUUUUUUA